AUAUCGAUAAAAUAAAAUUAUAUAUCGAACGACAUCGAUUGUUAUCGAUGGCACUCAAGUUCAAGAUGGCCACUGCUGCUUCUGAUUUUAACAAAAUCCAGUGACUUGUGAUUUCGGGUUUACUGUCAAAAAAGACUUCGCGACAAUGGGUCAGAAUCAGUCAGGGGCAGGUGGAACAGGGGGUGACAAGAAAGACGACAAAGACAAGAAGAAAAAAUAUGAACCUCCAAUUCCAACGAGAGUAGGUAAAAAGAAACGACGCAUAAAGGGACCGGAUGUGGCACUUAAGCUGCCUCAGGUAACACCACAUACAAGAUGCAGGCUGAAGCUUUUGAAGCUCGAGAGGAUAAAGGAUUAUCUUCUGAUGGAGGAAGAAUUUAUAAGGAACCAGGAGAGAUUAAAACCUCAGGAGGAAAAGAACGAAGAGGAAAGAUCCAAGGUCGAUGACCUUCGAGGAACUCCAAUGUCAGUCGGAACAUUGGAAGAAAUAAUUGACGACAAUCAUGCUAUAGUUUCAACUUCUGUAGGCUCAGAACACUAUGUAUCCAUUCUAUCCUUCGUUGACAAAGAUCAACUCGAGCCCGGUUGUUCCGUCCUUCUUAAUCAUAAAGUUCACGCUGUUGUCGGAGUGCUUGGCGAUGAUACUGAUCCCAUGGUCACUGUAAUGAAAUUGGAAAAAGCACCUCAAGAAACUUAUGCCGACAUUGGCGGCCUUGACACACAAAUUCAAGAAAUCAAAGAGUCUGUAGAAUUGCCACUAACCCAUCCGGAGUAUUACGAGGAAAUGGGCAUAAAGCCACCAAAAGGUGUUAUUCUUUAUGGUCCGCCUGGAACGGGAAAAACAUUGCUGGCAAAAGCUGUCGCAAAUCAAACAUCCGCGACGUUCUUGCGAGUCGUCGGUUCGGAACUUAUCCAAAAAUAUUUAGGUGAUGGGCCUAAACUUGUUCGCGAAUUGUUCCGAGUGGCUGAAGAACAUGCACCUUCCAUCGUUUUCAUCGACGAAAUUGAUGCCGUGGGCACAAAACGUUACGAUAGCAAUAGUGGAGGAGAACGUGAAAUUCAGAGAACCAUGUUGGAAUUACUCAAUCAACUUGACGGUUUCGACAGUCGUGGUGAUGUUAAAGUUGUCAUGGCAACGAACAGAAUUGAAACUCUGGAUCCCGCAUUGAUCAGACCUGGUCGUAUCGAUCGUAAAAUCGAAUUUCCACUGCCGGAUGAGAAAUCGAAAAGACGUAUAUUCAGCAUUCACACAAGCAGAAUGACACUCGCACCCGAUGUUAAUCUUGCGGAACUUAUUAUGGCUAAAGACGAUUUAUCAGGCGCUGACAUCAAGGCGAUUUGUACUGAAGCGGGAUUGAUGGCCCUUCGUGAAAGAAGAAUGAAAGUGACCAGCGAGGAUUUCAAAAAAUCAAAGGAGAGCGUACUGUACCGCAAAAAGGAAGGAUCUCCUGAAGGAUUGUACUUGUAAGAAAAUUCUUGCACAUUUUUCUCGCAGAUCAAAUUUUCUUUUGUAUCGCAAACGUAUUCGUUAAAUAUAUAAAUAAAAAUAAAUGAAACACCUUGUCGAAA